UGAGAGAGAGAACCUUGAAGUUGGGAUUCUUAUGCAGGGAAGACUUAUCCCCAAUUUUAUCUGACAGAUUUCUUGUACCGAGAGAGAGUUUGGUAACAUUCCAGGUUUGCAAUCCGAAUCCUUUGGGAGUCAAGGUCGGAUAUAAGCAUCCGGGCCAUAUCACACCUUUUAUUAUCCAAUUCCAUACAUCUCUCCCCAACUCUCUUACACGACACAACCACCGCAACCAUGUCGAACCCUCGAGCCAAGCAAGAAAAACAUGCGAACACCUACCUCGAUCUCACCGGCGAGGAACGGAUCCGUGAGCUGAUCUCUCAAUUCGCCGCAACAGUCGACAACGCAGACGACCAGGAAUGGACAAAGUCCCUCUUCCCCCAUCUGACGGUUCACUCCGUCUCCGCUGACGGACCCCAUCCCUCGGUGACCUUUUCUUUCACCGUGCAGCCGGUACACUGCAACCGGCUUAACAACCUGCACGGCGGCUGCACAGCGAGCCUCUUCGACUUCUGCACCUCAACAGUCCUCGCCGUCGUCGCCCGCCCCGGCUUCUGGUCCUACCUCGGCGUAAGCCGCACCCUCAACACGACCUACCUGCGCCCCGCGCCCGCCGGCAGCACGGUGCUGGUCGAGUGCGAGCUGGUGCAGGUCGGGCAGCGGCUGUGCAGCCUGCGCGGGACGAUGCGGCGGGCCGACGACGGCGCCGUGCUGGCGACGUGCGAGCACGGCAAGGUCAAUACCGAUCCGGGGGUGGCUAAGGUUUAAGGUGGUGAUUGGGUUGUUGGGUGGGUGGUUAUCGUC